AGAGCCAGGAGUAAUAUACAAGGCAUUAACUUCGUCGGAGCCGUGACCCGAGCCAGGGGGAGAGUGACCGCAGAAGAAGCGCCGAUAUUGCAAACGAAGAUCGGCAUAUCUUGAAUGAUGGGGACCAGAGGCGAGCAAAAGAAGGAUCAGAUUACUUCCAAUACCGAUGACCUGACCGUUUCCGCACAAGGAGAAGCAGCUGCCGAGGACAUGGAACUGUUGUCCGUUGAGAAAGUAUUCUCGAGCAAGGAGGUGCCUCCAUGGCAAAAGCAGCUGACGUUGAGGGCCUUUGUGGUGAGCUUCGUGUUAGGGGUUCUUUUCACCUUCAUCGUGAUGAAGCUCAACCUGACCACUGGGAUUAUACCAUCCCUCAACGUGUCUGCGGGGCUGCUGGGCUUCUUCUUCGUCAAGACUUGGACCAAGUUGCUAGAGAAGUCCGGGAUGCUGAGGCAACCUUUCACCAGGCAAGAGAACACCGUUAUACAGACCUGCGUUGUUGCCUCCUCCGGCAUUGCUUUCAGUGGUGGCUUUGGCAGUUACCUCUUUGGAAUGAGUGAAGUUGUUGCCAAACAAUCUACAGAGGCUAACAAUGCACAAAAUAUUAAGAAUCCAACAUUGGGAUGGAUGAUUGGGUUUCUUUUUGUUGUUAGCUUUCUCGGUCUGUUUUCCGUGGUGCCUCUUCGAAAGAUUAUGAUUAUAGACUUCAAGUUGAUAUAUCCAAGUGGUACCGCAACUGCCCACCUUAUCAACAGCUUCCAUACUCCACAGGGUGCCAAGCUAGCAAAGAAACAAGUGAGAGCAUUGGGGAAGUUCUUCUCCUUUAGCUUUCUUUGGGGCUUCUUCCAAUGGUUUUUUACUGGAGGUGAUGGCUGUGGAUUUGCCAAAUUCCCUACAUUUGGUCUCAAAGCCUUUGAUAACAGGUUUUACUUUGAUUUCUCAUCUACUUAUGUUGGCGUUGGAAUGAUCUGUCCAUAUCUAAUCAACAUAUCUCUUCUUGUUGGAGCCGUUCUUUCAUGGGGUAUUAUGUGGCCACUGAUAGAUGCAAGGAAGGGCUCUUGGUACUCUGCAGAGCUUAGCCCAAGCAGCCUACAUGGCCUUCAAGGUUACAGGGUGUUCAUAGCUAUAGCCAUGAUCCUUGGUGAUGGCCUCUAUAACUUUUUAAAGGUCCUCAGUCACACUCUAUAUGGCUUGUAUCACCAACUAUCAAACAAAGACCCAGGCACAGUUAUUCCCUUAUCAGGUCGAUCCCCCGAAUUGCCUCCAUCUCUGUCUUAUGAUGACCAGCGUCGGACAGCACUAUUUCUCAAGGACCAGAUUCCAACAUGGCUUGUUGUUGCCGGUUAUGUCACCAUAGCAAUUAUAUCUGUUUUCACACUUCCGCACAUCUUUAGCCAGCUCAAGUGGUACUAUAUUGUGGUAAUUUACAUAAUAGCGCCAACACUAGCCUUUUGUAAUGCUUAUGGUUGCGGGCUGACAGAUUGGUCAUUAGCAUCCAUGUAUGGAAAGCUGGCCAUAUUUACGAUUGGGGCAUGGGCAGGGGCCUCUCAUGGUGGGGUUCUUGCUGGUUUGGCAGCAUGUGGAGUCAUGAUGAACAUUGUGUCCACAGCAUCUGAUUUGAUGCAGGACUUCAAGACAGGCUAUAUGACGUUGGCUUCACCCAGGUCCAUGUUCGUGAGUCAAAUUAUUGGAACCGCAAUGGGUUGCGUUAUUUCUCCUUGUGUAUUUUGGCUCUUCUACAAGGCCUUCAAUGAUCUUGGAGUUCCUGGUUCACAAUACCCGGCUCCUUAUGCGCUCGUUUACCGCAAUAUGUCAAUCCUAGGUGUUGAAGGGUUCUCGGCUUUGCCGAAGCAUUGCCUCACACUUUGUUAUGUUUUCUUUUUUGCAGCCAUAGUAAUCAACGGGAUCAGGGAUUUAGUUGGAACGAAGAAGGCUAGCUUUAUUCCACUUCCCAUGGCAAUGGCAAUACCCUUUUAUCUUGGAUCAUACUUUGCCAUUGACAUGUGUGUAGGGAGCUUGAUCCUAUUUGUGUGGCGGAAGAUAAACAAGGCAAAGGCCGAUGCAUUUGGACCAGCAGUAGCGUCUGGUUUGAUUUGUGGUGAUGGGAUUUGGACUCUGCCAAGCUCAAUACUCGCCUUGGCAGGUGUUAAUCCACCCAUUUGCAUGAAGUUUUUGUCUAGGGGAACGAAUGCAAAGGUGGAUGCUUUCUUAGGUUCUUGACUACAUUAAAAAGUCUCUGUAUUUCCUUGUUCAGCAGCUCUUCAAACUUCAGUCG